GACGCCUCGUAACGUCCCGCCAGCUGUUGAAGCUACGUUUGUUUGAAUCAAACGGCAACUGAAGUUCGCUGUGUGCCGUACGUCCCUGUACGUGUCCUCGCUUGCUAUGCAUUAAAGCCACUUCCAAACGAUCGGAUACCUUAAGAAUUUGUGGCGGCGGGACGCGACAGCGGCACGUAUCAGUGGGUUCGUCGGAUUUUCGUUUUUGUCCCUUUUCGGUGUUACUUCGUUGGCGGGAGAGGCUAAGUAAUUUCACCUCCGUUAAUACAUAUCGCGGAUAUUACACACAUACCUAACCAUAACGAGUGAAACAACUGCUUCGUCGAAGAACAAAAGGAUCUUGUGAGGACGGAGCAGGAAUAUGGCCGCGAUCAGGAUACACGAGGAUCAGGAAAAUCGCAUCGCCGCCGACCUGCGUGGUCGCGCCAAGGGUAUCAAUGGCACCAUGGCUCAUGCUCAAGCUCAAGCAUUUCAGAACAGACGCGCUGUCCUGGGUGUCCUGAACAAUAAUUGUGCAGGAAAUAUACUACCCAAACCUCAGGAGGUUUGUAAGGACGAUAAAUAUGUCAAGACGAAACCAGUUAUACCAACGCAGUAUGAGUCUUUUAAAAUUUAUGAAGACAAAAAGGAGGAGCCAGUUUUUAAGAUUUAUGAGGACAAAUUGGAAGAGGAAACCUCUGUUGUACUUAGAGAUUCAAAGGAGAAGAAAGAGAUGAAAACCAAGCAAGAAGCAGAGGUGAAAUUGGAUAGAGAAGUAGUAAAAGUAGAAGAGAAUAUCAGUGAAUCGUGUAUUCCGGCAGUGUUUCAUGAUAGCAUGGAUAUUAGUCAGAAGAAGAAUCAGAAUGAUAAACCCUAUUUAUCAGAUAAUCCUAUGUUAUGCGAGGAACUUUCAUAUAGUAAUGAACGCCGACAAGAAGAUCAUGCGAACCGAAGAAAUUCUAGAGAAAUUGAUUUUUUUGAUAUGGAUGAAUAUAGAUCUGACAUAUACAGUUAUUUACGUGAGGUAGAGGCUAUGCAUAGAGCCAAGGCUGGUUAUAUGAAGAAACAACCCGAUAUUACGUACGCAAUGAGAUCUAUCCUAGUAGAGUGGCUUGUGGAAGUAGUAGAAGAAUAUCGGUUACAGAAUGACACACUUUACUUGGCUGUUUCAUAUAUAGACCGUUUCCUAUCGUAUAUGAGUGUUGUGCGAUCAAAGUUACAACUUGUCGGAGCUGCUGCUAUGUUUAUCGCAGCGAAAUAUGAGGAAAUUUACGCUCCUGACGUAGGAGAAUUUGUAUAUAUCACAGACGAUACGUAUACGAAAAAGCAGGUGUUGCGCAUGGAAAAUCUGAUACUGAGAGUGUUGGCUUUCGACCUGAGUGUACCCACGCCUCUUACAUUCCUCAUGGAUUACUGCAUCAGUAACAAUUUGUCAGACAAAAUUAAGUUUUUGGCAAUGUACUUGUGCGAACUGUCGCUGCUCGAGGCGGACCCAUACCUUCAAUACUUACCCAGCCACUUGGCGGCUUCUGCAUUGGCGCUUGCACGGCACACAAUGCAAGAGGAGGUCUGGCCGCACGAGUUAGAACUAUCGACCGGAUACGAUCUGAAAACUCUUGCAGAAUGUAUCAAUAACCUGAACAGAACCUUUUGCAAUGCUCCCAACAUACAACAACAGGCGAUACAAGAGAAGUAUAGAAGUAACAAGUACGGUCAUGUUUCUCUGCUGUUACCUCGUAGUACCGAGGCGGUAUCAUGCGAAGAUGUAAGCGAAGAAGACGAGGAGGGAAACCCUUAAUAAAAUCCGUCAGACAGGAUUGAAACACCGAACAGUAACAAAGUUUGGCGUUUAAUUGACGAUCAACUUGUCUACCGUGAGAGUCCAAUAAGUCAUCGGGAAGUGAAAAAGGGAGGGAUUAGGGCAAGACUGACCUAUUUGACUAAUGUGAAUGCAGGGCAUGCGAGUUGUUUCUAUUAGUCUCUCUAAGUUUAAUUGGUUGGUAUGUUAUGCAAGAGCGAACAUACUUUGGCUCUGCAUUAAAAUAUCAUAUUCAUAUAUUUUUUUUUCUCUCUUUCCUGCCCCGUACUAUGAUAUUUUACAUGUCUCUGGUCAUGUGUGUAUUUUAUGAUGCCAAAUUUUAAUCAACUUUUUUAAAAUUCCGUUAUUGUACCAACGAGUGGAAGAUUUGUGGGUGCCAUGAAAUUGCAUUUAUAGAUAUAUAUAUAUAUAUGUUUUUAAGAUAUUAAGGACUCAUACCGACUCUAAUGCACCGGAAUGACGCAUGCAAAUGGUUAAUUUUGAUUUCCAUUGAGCUCUACUCACUCCUAAAUAACAACUUUAGGCAAAGCAAAACAAAUUUUAUUUAUUAUUGUUUUAUGGGUGGAUAACGGGCCACUAACUGUAAAGGACAUUUUAUUGGAGAUGUUACCCGAUGAAAUUUUAUUGUUUCGACCAAUUUCUUCCCAAUCUUUGUACAGUUAUUUAUUACGAUAUUCUAGGUAUCAUGAUUAGCAUCAAAUAUCUCCGAUAAAGCGAACUAAAUAUUUGAUGCUAAUCAUGAUACCUAGAAUAUCGUAAUAAAUAACUAUUACCUUGUAUAUCCACUGUACUGUGCACUGUACAAGAACAUUUUGACUUUAUACGCUGUGCAACGAUUGUGCCGUCAUAGUUUUCUCGAGAUAUAAAAUUACUCAUCGACGGUAAUGUUCUAUGAGACACAUCUACCAUUUUCCCCCAUCCAUUCAUGAUACAUGAAUAUAAUUCUAAAUUGGCUGUAAUUAAGAAUAUAUCUGCGACUAUAUGCGUAUGCGGCCGUUUUACUGCACAGCAUGAUUGUUCGUAUUUUUAAUAUAUAUGCCACGCGAAAUACCUACAUGUUCAAGUCGAUAUACGUGAGAGAAGUAUGUUCGUACGAAUUCAAGUAUAGAUAUAUAGGGAAAAAAAUGUUACUAAAUCAUAUACCGUGAAAUGAUUACACAUUCUCAGUUCUGCGUUAAUUGUAAAUUGUAUAAUCUGUAAAUUGUACAACUAUCUGUACCACAGAUAGUUUUCUCCAGUGGCCACGAAGAGAAAAAAAAAA